AUCUCGGCUGAAAACGGGCAAGUCUAUCUUCGUCUCACUGGUCUCCUGCGGGGUUCACCUCUUAUUUUGACCGAGUCUUUGCGCCAUUCUCUCCCUUCAAAUUCAGAAAACAAGCAAAAUCCUCAUACAUAUACUAUGCAAAAUGAUCUUGAGGAUGCCCCUGGCUGCUACAUUCAUUUGCCUGGUUGGGGCGACUUUCAAUUGGCUUCGGCUUUUUGGAGUUCUCUUUCGAGUAUAGAAAACCAGCAGCAGUCGCCGGAGAUGCCUCCAUUUUGGCGCCGUCCAACAGAGGCAGAUAAACGAGAGGCUGAGGAAGCUUUGGCAGCAGAUUACCUGGACUUCGGUUUAGAUUCUGAAUCAGACCUUUCAACCACUGACGAAAAUGCAAGCACUGGAAACAACCAAGGCAAUUUUUAA